UUGCUGCGUCCACCGGACGGCCGUCUGUCUAGACCGUCUCGGCACCCGACCGAAUUCCUCACCGCCUCCCUUAUCCCUCCUCUCAACGACUCCCGAGCCCCAUCUCCCACCUCCUCAACCACGGGGCCCACAAUCCCCGGGAGGCCUUGCCGCUUCGGUUCUGGUGCGUCGGGGACCACUCCGAUGCAGUGCCAUGCGAGAGCCGUGAUUGGCGGGGUAGCCUUGGAACCAACCAACAGCACUGCAGAACGAGUUCGCCAAUCGCGCCUCGAAGCCCAGGCCACACGAGGGACCGGCCUCUCCCAUUUUGAGCCACACUUGCGGCAUUGGAUGCCUUCAACGCAUCAACGCCCACGCCCCCCACCACCCCCUCUUCCCCCUGUAGCCUGUAACGCUGGGAUGGUCGCGCAUUCCCAUUCGCCCGGCAAGGAUCCCAAGGCGUGGUGCGCGCGCUGCUACCAAUCUGUCAUCCCAUCGCUGAUCGCCGGCCUCGGCUCUUUAGUCAGUUGA